AUAAAUACAGCUGCUGGCGCGGGAGCAGGGCUAGAAGCGGCAGCAGGACUCAGGGACACUGACUCACCCACCGAGCUGGCCAGCCGCAGUCCGGAAGCCGGUGCUUGGAGCUCACGCCACUCGUUGAAAGCAGACACUUUCUGGCUCCGACUCUGCAACUGCGAAGUGGAGGGGAAACCACUGGGAAAUACUGCUUAGCUCUUGGAAAGAGAUUUGUCGUGGAGGAAAAAGGACACACACACCCCUCUCCAACUUCUCCAGUGCUUGGCACUUGCUUUCCCCGGGCGCAUUGAUUCUUUUUGAGCCGGCGGUGCUUCCCGGUCUUGGGCGGCACACCCUCCUCUUGCAGCAUCCGCCGCCAGUUCGCCUCGCUCUCGUUGCACCCCGCCCAGCCGUCAGCAUGAUGCAGAUCUGCGACUCGUACAGCCAAAAACACUCCCUCUUUAAUGCCAUGAACCGCUUCAUCGGGGCAGUCAACAAUAUGGACCAGACCGUGAUGGUGCCCAGCCUGCUCCGGGAUGUGCCUCUCUUGCUAGAGGAGCUGGACUCGGGUGGGGGCUGCGCGGAAAGGGAGGCCCAGCUGACCCCCAACGACGGGACCUAUUACUCCCGCAGGGACAUGUACAGCCACUAUGUGCUGCUCAAAUCCAUUCGCAACGACAUCGAGUGGGGAGUGCUGCAGCAAGCUGCCGAGGAGGCGGCCGGCAGGAAGAAGGAUAAGCUGAACGGGGUGCCCGGCUCUGUGGACAUUAGCCGGGGGAUCCCGGAGGACGGAGAGGUGGAGGAAGAUCUCGAGAAGCAGUUUCAUUAUCACUUAAGCGGACUGCACACGGUGCUCUCCAAACUCACCCGCAAGGCCAACGUGCUCACCAACAGAUACAAGCAGGAGAUCGGAGCCAACAAUUGGGGGCACUGAGCCAGGGAGGAGGAAUAUGCGGCCUGCCUGCCUUGCUUGCCUGGGUGUGAGAGUCCGGAAGGAGAGAAUCAGUUUGGAAAGGGCUAGCAAAGAGUGGUAGCGUGUGCGUGUGUGUGUGUGUGUGAGGGGGGGCAGCCAGAAAGGGGAGGGGGAGAAACAUACUGUGUGUUAGUUAAGAGAACUUGAACAAAGGAGGAGGUUAUCAGGGGUCACUGGUGAGCAUAGGAAUGAGUGCAAAAUCAAUGCCUGUCUGAAAGAGGAACCUGAAGAUGAAAAGGUGGGAGGGAGUGACUUUCAUGCAAAUAAUAGCCUAUUGGGAGUUUGCUGUUGGCCCCUGUAGACUUUUAGGGAGGCAGGGUGGUGGAGCUCUGUCCCUGUAAUAACAAGCAUAACCAGGCAGCUCAGUAUGAAGUUUCCAGAUUCGGAGGGCUCAGAAUGAUGUACAGUGGCCCAGGCCAGUUACUGAAUGAGUAUGUUUGUAAUCACUGGAAAAUUCUUUGUGUGUCUGUGUGAGUGUGAUGGCAGUGCUCAUGGCAAUUGCAUCACUUCUUUCCUGUUUUGCACUACUUUUGUAACAUUAAUAUAUAUGUAUAUACAGUCUAAAAAUUCUCUUCUUUGCAUGCUCUUAGAACUGCAGGGUUUUUUUGUUUUUGUUUUUUUUACCAACGCACAAAGAUGUACAUUCAUCAAUACUACCUUUGGGGUUUUUUCUUUUACAGGGAGGGUGAACAAUUAUUGUUCCCCUUAAAUAAAAACACACACCUUGCCAUAUUAUGUAUGAGCUGGUUAACAUGAUACUGCAAACAAGCCACUUAACAAACUAUUUAUAUUCUCUUGCAGAGGAUAGAACCAGUUCACUAAUGUGCAUCCUUAUUUUCACAGGAUAAAGGGUCCCAUUGUUGUACAUGCAUUGAAGACUAUUUAAAACUUUUUUAUUCAGAUGUAGAGUAUAUUCUAAAAUAAAUAAGGAAUUCUAUUGACUAAAA